AUGGCCUCCACCGAGGACUCCGGCAGCUUACUGCGUGCUCCCUCCAACACCUCAACCUACACCUCGCUUACCCGCCGACCCUCGGCCUACAAGCCCCUCCUCACCUACGCUCUCGAGAAAGAGAAGCACUACCAGCAGCAGUACGCUGACAUGUACUUCCUGCGCCUCGCGAAGCUUAAACCCGCCGUGGAAGCCAUCGCGGCAGAAGCGUGGGACGGCUUCUGCAUUGGCGGAGAGGAGGUCGAGAGGACGGAGCGGGUGCUGGAUGUUAGGCAGGGGAAGCUGUGCUGGGUCGCGGGGACAAUUUACAUGGAAAUGCCACUGAAGCCGAACAUUCUGGAUGAUAUCUCGAAGGACCAUUGGAUCUCUGCGCUGCCACCACGGCAGAAAUACUUGUCGCCAACGGGAGAGGAUCUCGUUAUGCUGGAAGACGAAUCUGGGCGACUGAGGCUUGUGGGUGCGCCGCUGGCGAGCGAAAUGCUGGUUACGGGGUGCAUUGUUGCGGUGAUGGGGACGGAGAACGCGAAUGGGGAUUUCGAGGUUGUGGAUAUCAAGGUCCCAGAUUUACCGCCGCAAGCUGAACGCUGGCAUACUUCAGAACCGAUACCCGAUAAGAAAAUCGAGGAAGAUGAAGACGAGGAUGUGGAUAUGGAUAAGCCUGCGCCUGCUAGCGGCAAGAAAAUCGCUAUUGUCUCUGGCCUGGGAUUUUCAGGCACGGAUGCGGGCCAUUCGUUGGAGGUUGGUCUUCUGGCUGAGUACCUGUUGGGCGAAGCUUUGGACCCGACUGCGCAAGAAAGUGUCUCGCAGAUCAGCAGGUUGAUCAUUGCGGGAAACUCCAUUGCGUUUAAUAACGAGGCGGUUUCUCACGAUACCAUUGGCAAUACACGGAAAGCGCAUAAGAAAUACGGAUAUGACAGCAGUGCCUACAAUCCCGCUCCUACGAAACACCUCGACGAUUUCCUGGCUACGAUACUGCCGAGUAUGCCUAUUACUCUGAUACCGGGGUACUCAGAUCCUGCGAAUGUCAGUUUGCCGCAGCAGCCUAUACAUCCUGCUAUGUUUCCCCAAGCUCGGACGUAUGGUGCUAUUCCGCCUUCGAAGGAUGGCGAGCCAGCACAUCCGGGGUGGUUUGACACUGUGACGAAUCCCUGGGAUGGCGAGAUUGAGGGGUGGAAAGUGCUGGGUACGGGUGGCCAAAACGUGGAUGAUGUGUUCAAGUAUGUGGAGAGUGAGGACCGGCUGGGUAUGCUGGAGGCGAUCUGUAGGUGGAGGUGUGUUGCACCAACUGCGCCGGAUACGUUAUGGAGCUACCCAUUCCAAGAAGAUGACCCGUUCGUGAUGAACGCCUGCCCUCACCUCUUCUUCGUAGGCUCGCAGCCGAAAUUCGACACGGCGGAGAUCGAGGGCCCGAACGGACAGACGGUGCGGUUGAUUGCCGUCCCGAGGUUCGCGGAGACGGGGGAGCUGGUGUUGGUGGAUUCUGAGACGCUUGAGGCUUCGGUGGUGAGGAUAUCAGUUGCCUGA